ACUUCGCGAGUCCCCGCGGUUUCGUAGCUACAUAAAUGCUUGCCCAAAAACGCGUAAAUUUAAAAAAAAACAAUAAUGUAACUUUUGCAGCAAAAAUGUAACAUUUUAGGAAACGAAAUGUAACUUACGACUCGAGGGCCCUGGCAACUCUGUAAGAAUAGAAAGUAAUCGAAUAAUUAACUGUGGACAACAAUAACAAUUUAUUCAAUUAUUAAUCUAAAUUCUAAAACAAAAUAAAUUAUUAUGGACCUGGUGGAAAAAAUCAAUGACUUGUGUUUACAAACUAACCAAACAGUAACAAAGAGAGAAGGAUACAUCGACUGGUGUGAGUAUUUUAUGGCGGUAGCAGUAUUGGCGGCAAAACGCAGCAAAGAUCCUAGUUGUCAAGUGGGAGCAUGUAUCGUAAACAAGGAUAAUAUCAUAGUUGGUGUUGGGUAUAAUGGUAUGCCAAUUGGCUGCAGUGAUGAUGAGUUUCCCUGGUCAAAGAAUACAUCAUCACCUUUAGACAAUAAACAUCUAUAUGUAUGCCAUGCAGAAGUAAACGCUAUACUCAACAAAAACUCAAGCGAUGUUAAAGGGUGCAGCAUAUAUGUGGGCUUGUUUCCCUGCAAUGAGUGUGCUAAAGUGAUCAUACAGUCAGGCAUAAAAGAAGUGGUAUAUCUUAGUGACAAAAAUGCACACAAAAUAGAAUACAUUGCUUCUAAAAGGAUGUUUGAUUCUGCUAAAGUUAUAUACAGACAAUUUAUACCACAGAGAAGUAAGAUUGAAAUCAAUUUUGAAGUUGACUGGGAAUUAACAAGCCCUAAAAAAUAAUUUUAAAAUUUCGUAAUAAGUAUCCUUUAUAAGUAAAGGAUAGUAUGACAUAUUAUAGAUAAGAAACGUUGCUAUUUUGUUUUAAAAAAAUGAAAUAUUAACACAUUGUAUAAGAAAUGAUUAUGUAAAUAAAACAUAAAUGAAUUUUUGUAAAAUAAAAUUUUAUUACUUUAUGUACAAGGUGGAACGGGUACAAAUACUCCGAUCACUCAACACAAAUACCAUAAAAUCAACAUGGCUUUUAACUAGUUGAACAAUUGUGUGAUAAUUUUGGGGGUUUUCUUCAGAAAUAAACAUUUCAAUUUUAUAGGUCA